AUGAAAACCAAGGUUUGUUUGUUGAUUGUUGUUGUUGAUUUGUUCUCGGUGCGGUCGUUAUCUAAUUACACGGUGAUAAAUAGUGGAUGGCGUGUGAAAUACAAUUUUGGAAAAUUGAACAUGUUUCGAGGAAUUGCUACGCGAAUCGUACAUAGAAGUUUCGCUACGGUACAUGCCACUCCGCCGCCACCCUCUGUCACAAAGGACAUCCAGAACCGCAUUUGGGAGGCAAAGCGUCUACGGUACCCGACUAAAGUGCCCCAGAAUCCUAUUAAGAGCUCCACGGAGGUGAAUGAAAGCGGGCCUGGAAAAACUACACCGAUUGUUCUUACUGACCAAACUGUCCGAUUGUUGGAGCGGUUGUCACUUGUAAACCUCGACAGCAAGGAGGCUUACAAAACAUUACAAGAUUCUAUCGAAUUCGCUUCAAGGAUUCUUCAUAUUGAAACAGAUGGUGUUCAACCACUAUAUUGCGUGUUGGAACAACACAAGCUAACGCUACGGCCGGAUAUAGUCGACGAUGGUGGUUGUCAGGAGGAAGUGCUCAAGAACGCUGCCAUUACUGAAGAGGAAUAUUUUGUAGCUCCUCCAGGAAACAUUCCUCUCGAGCAGUCAUAGCGUAUCGAAUGAUGAAUUGUCCUUUCAAUUAAAACAACUUUUUAUUCGUUUGGCAAAUGAGCGAAAUGGUAAAUAAAGCUCGAGUAGGCAAAUCGUUUGUGGAGCUGUUGGAGGCCUGCAGACGUAGUAAA